AUGUCGUCCAAGGUUUAUCCGGUUGGACGUCUUAUUGAAUUUUGCUGUUAUCUAAGAAGAGGAAAUGCAGGUUGUAAUGCCCAGGACAGGUCUAAUUACAUGUGCGCAUAUGAAAGAAGAGACACUUAUGAGUAUGUGAAAUUCAUCUUGUACCUGCAAGAUUCUUAUGAUGAGUCAUUUGUAUUUUUUGGAAAAUGUGGUCGUAACAGCAGAAGCAUUUCAUCAUCCGCUACAAAGCAGUAUUGGGAACAACAGUAUUAUCUUGUGGGAACCAUCAAUGUUCUUCGUGCACCAGAUAAAUCAGUUGAAAUUGUUGGUUUUCGACCAGCCAAUUGGAAAAAGCCCUUUGAAGUAAUUCAGAUCAGGACAUCCUCUGAAUCUAGCAUCAGCACAUGUAUAAGUGAAGAUGCAAGCACAAGCACAAGCAUUUCUUCCACAGAAAUCAGAGAAACAGUCAUGAUCUCCUCUGUGCUUCCUUUCUCAGGCCCUACAUUUGGACAGGGGUCUAUGACAGAGUUAAAGUACAUGCAAGAGCCCGUGGACAUCGAAUUUGAAGUAGAUCCAGAAUUCCUCUUAAGUGAUAGCCAGGAUGAACAGGGUUCUUCAGAACAAGGAAAAUGCAGUGAUGUGGAUAUGAAGAAACUCUUGGAAGAGGCAAAGGCCUCCAAUCUUAAAGAACAUGUUAUUGAUGAAUGUUCUGUGCCUCUUAAUGCUCCUUCAGAUAACGAUUACUGUGAAGUAAUAGAAAUUAUUGAAGACCAGAAAGAACCUGAGGUCAAAGAACUGGUUGUGGAACAAGAACAAGAAAAGGCACCAGAGACAUCCUUGAAAUUUCCAAGCACAACAGCACCAUGUGUGCGCCUAGAGGCGUUGGUGGAACCCGUGCCAAGGAGAUCAUUUCAAUUCCAACGUCCACUUUUGGGGGAGAGAUUUGCUCAACUCAGUGGCCCACGAGUGAGGACACAGGUCUAUGAUCUGAAUAUUAGCAGAACCUUCCAUGAUGAAUCAUCUUCUUAUGAAGAUAUUCAACAAGAGGAAAGGGAACGAGAACAACGUGUAUAUGAGUUGUCUCAGCGUAUUGAGAUGUUUCGAAACUUACUGCCUGAGCCACAACAAACUGGGCAAGGGCAAGAUUAUCCGAUAUACCGACCACGAGAUCAGGUUGUGACUGUCAUUGAUGAUGUGGGGCCACACCACAUUAAUUUGUUUGGAAAUGACAAUUCUGAGUAUCCACAAAAUGAGACAGAUCGCGUGCUUCUUCUGACCAAAGAGAAGGCAGUCCACACGUUCUGUUCCUUGGUCAAGAAAAUUCUGGGCAUUUUCAGGCUGAAGGAGACACCAACCCUCGCCCAUGAGGGGAAGAUGAGGUGA